UUUGAAAUUCUUUCAUUCGCCCAAUCAAUUGGGUCCCAGAAAGACGUUGUCGGAUCAUUAUUCAUCUAUUCGUCACUACUACGAUUGCUCGAGUCUUCCACCAUAACUCCGUACACUACAUAUAUAAAAACUUCCUACGCGCCCACUUUAGUACUGGAACAUAUAUUCCGCCUUGCGACUUCAAUUCAGUCAACAGCUAGGACCAAACCACCUACCUAGACGACUAUAGUUGGUUUUCUCGACUCCGGCUCUCCAUUGGCAGAUCCUUCACCAUCGCAAUCCACCGUCUUACCAGUGACUCAUUCAGUCAAAUUAUAUAGCUACACGUCACUGCUCAACCUUCGAGUAACCACCACCACUCCCUCUCUAUAUAUCAAAGCCUCGUUCUUUGUCUCGACCUUCCACGUCUCAAUUGAACCCUACAAUCUCUACAAUCCCAACACACUUCAAACCAACCAACCAACCAACAUUCAACACAAACAGCUCCCCAACAUGACCAACGAAGCUCCCCCUCGGAGGCCCGUAGUCUGCGUCUUCUGCGGCGCCUCAUCCGGCACCUCCCCCGCGCACCUCGCCGCCGCCCGCUCCCUCGCGCAGCACCUCCACGCCUCCGGUCUCUCCCUCGUCUACGGCGGCGGCACCGUCGGCCUAAUGGGCGAAGUCGCCCGCACCCUCGUCUCGCUCUCCGGCCCCUCCUCCGUCCACGGCAUCAUCCCCGAACCCCUCGUCAAGUACGAGCAAAAAGACGCCCUGAACGCCUCGGGCCACUCAAUCGACGAGUCCGUGUACGGCCGCACGACAGUCGUGAAAGACAUGCACACGCGGAAGCAGAUGAUGGCGAAGGAGGUGAUUGAGGGGGGUCCGGGGGGCGGGUUCGUCGCGCUGAGUGGGGGCUACGGGACGUUGGAGGAACUUAUGGAGGUGACGACGUGGAAUCAGCUCGGGAUCCACGACAUGCCGGUUGUGGUGUACAAUGUCGAGGGGUAUUGGGAUGGGUUGUUGAGGUGGGUGGGGGAUGCGGUGGCGCAUGGGUUUGUGAAGGAGGGGGCGAGGGGCAUUCUGAAGGAGGCGAGGAGUGCGGAGGAGGUGGUGAGGGGGUUGGGGGAGUAUAAGAGUGCGGAGGGGAGGUUCAAUUUGACGUGGGAGCAGCAGUGAGGGAAGUUGGUGCUAGGGGGAUGAUUGUACGAUUAUAUAUAUCUUCGGUCUUAUACGGAGACUACGGUCUCUGCUCAUGGGUUUCGGCUUUGCAUAGAGGGAAUGUCUCGACUCUUUGACGAAGAUAAGGAAAAAGCCUGGGGACUCAUGGUCUAGGGCAUAGAAGGAUUUCACUCCAUAAUAGAAUC